GGGGCCCACGCGCUCCGGGCCGCUCAGGCUGAGCGAUUUCCCGCCUUUUCUGAGGUUCUGAGGCGGGAGCUAUUGGUUCUUUCUGUUGCCCUCAUAGACCGUAUGUAGCAGUUCGCGUGGGCACAGAGCCCAUGGUUUCCCGCUAGUUCUUCAAAGUAGAUAUUUACAACCAUAACAGAGAAAAUGGAAAAGCAAAAGCCCUUUGCAUUGUUCGUACCACCGAGAUUAAGCAGCAGUCAGGUGUCUGCGGUGAAACCUCAGACCCUGGGAGGAGAUUCCACUUUCUUCAAGAGUUUCAACAAAUGUACUGAAGAUGAUUUUGAGUUUCCAUUUGCAAAGACUAAUCUCUCCAAAAAUGGGGAAAACAUUGAUUCAGAUCCUGCUUUACAAAAAGUUAAUUUCUUGCCCAUGCUUGAGCAGGUUGGUAAUUCUGACUGUCACUAUCAGGAAGGACUAAAAGACUCUGAUUUGGAGAAUUCAGAGGCAUUGAGCAGAGUGUAUUCAAAACUGUAUAAGGAGGCUGAAAAGAUAAAAAAAUGGAAAGUAAGUAUAGAAGCUGAACUGAGACAGAAAGAAAGUAAGUUGCAAGAAAACAGAAAGAUAAUUGAAGCACAGCGAAAAGCCAUUCAGGAACUGCAGUUUGGAAAUGAAAAAGUAAGUUUGAAAUUAGAAGAAGGAAUUCAAGAAAAUAAAGAUUUAAUAAAAGAGAAUAAUGCCACAAGGCAUUUAUGUAAUCUACUCAAAGAAACCUGUGCUAGAUCUGCAGAAAAGACAAAGAAAUAUGAAUAUGAACGGGAAGAAACCAGGCAAGUUUAUAUGGAUCUAAAUAAUAACAUUGAGAAAAUGAUAACAGCUUUUGAGGAACUUCGUGUGCAAGCUGAGAAUUCCAGACUGGAAAUGCAUUUUAAGUUAAAGGAAGAUUAUGAAAAAAUCCAACACCUUGAACAAGAAUACAAGAAGGAAAUAAAUGACAAGGAAAAGCAGGUAUCACUACUAUUGAUCCAAAUCACUGAGAAAGAAAAUAAAAUGAAAGAUUUAACAUUUCUGCUAGAGGAAUCCAGAGAUAAAGUUAAUCAAUUAGAGGAAAAGACAAAAUUACAGAGUGAAAACGUAAAACAAUCAAUUGAGAAGCAGCAUCAUUUGACUAAAGAACUAGAAGAUAUUAAAGUGUCAUUACAAAGAAGUGUGAGUACUCAAAAGGCUUUAGAGGAAGAUUUACAGAUAGCAACAAAAACAAUUUGUCAGCUAACUGAAGAAAAAGAAGCUCAAAUGGAAGAAUCUAAUAAAGCUAGAGUUGCUCAUUCGUUUGUGGUUACUGAAUUUGAAACUACUGUCUGCAGCUUGAAAGAAUUAUUGAGAACAGAACAGCAAAGAUUGGAAAAAAAUGAAGAUCAAUUGAAAAUACUUACCAUGGAGCUUCAAAAGAAAUCAAGUGAACUGGAAGAGAUGACUAAGCUUACAAAUAACAAAGAAGUAGAACUUGAAGAAUUGAAAAAAGUCUUGGGAGAAAAGGAAAAGCUUUUAUAUGAAAAUAAACAAUUUGAGAAGAUUGUUGAAGAAUUAAAAGGAACAGAACAAGAACUAAUUGGUCUUCUCCAAGCCAGAGAGAAAGAAGUACAUGAUUUGGAAAUACAGUUAACUGCCAUUACCACAAGUGAACAGUAUUAUUCAAAAGAGGUUAAAGAUCUGAAAACUGAGCUUGAAAAUGAGAAGCUUAAGAAUACUGAAUUAACUUCACACUGCAACAAGCUUUCACUAGAAAACAAAGAGCUCACACAGGAAACAAGUGAUAUGACCCUAGAACUCAAGAAUCAGCAAGAAGAUAUUAAUAAUAACAAAAAGCAAGAAGAAAGGAUGUUGAAACAAAUAGAAAAUCUGGAAGAAACAGAAACCCAAUUAAGAAAUGAACUGGAAUAUGUGAGAGAAGAGCUAAAACAGAAAAGAGAUGAAGUUAAAUGUAAAUUGGACAAGAGUGAAGAAAAUUGUAACAAUUUAAGGAAACAAGUUGAAAAUAAAAACAAGUAUAUUGAAGAACUUCAGCAGGAGAAUAAGGCCUUGAAAAAAAAAGGUACAGCAGAAAGCAAGCAACUGAAUGUUUAUGAGAUAAAGGUCAAUAAAUUAGAGUUAGAACUAGAAAGUGCCAAACAGAAAUUUGGAGAAAUCACGGACACCUAUCAGAAAGAAAUUGAGGACAAAAAGAUAUCAGAAGAAAAUCUUUUAGAAGAGGUUGAGAAAGCAAAAGUAAUAGCCGAUGAAGCAGUAAAAUUACAGAAAGAAAUUGAUAAACGAUGUCAACAUAAAAUAGCUGAAAUGGUAGCACUUAUGGAAAAACAUAAGCACCAAUAUGAUAAGAUCAUUGAAGAAAGAGACUCAGAAUUAGGACUUUAUAAGAGCAAAGAACAAGAACAGUCAUCACUGAGAGCAUCUUUGGAGAUUGAACUAUCCAAUCUCAAAACUGAACUUUUGUCUGUUAAGAAGCAACUUGAAAUAGAAAGAGAAGAGAAGGAAAAACUCAAAAGAGAGGCAAAAGAAAACACAGCUACUCUUAAAGAAAAAAAAGACAAGAAAACACAGACAUCUUUAUUGGAAACAUCUGAAAUUUAUUGGAAAUUUGAUUCUAAAGCAGUUCCUUCACAAACUAUAUCUCGAAAUUUCACAUCAGUUGAUCAUGGCAUAUCCAAAGAUAAAAGAUACUAUCUGUGGACAUCUGCCAAAAAUACUUUAUCCACACCAUUACCAAAGGCAUAUACAGUGAAGACACCAACAAAACCAAAACUACAGCAAAGAGAAAACUUGAAUAUACCCACUGAAGAAAGUAAUAAAAAGAGAAAAAUGGCCUUUGAAUUUGAUAUCAAUUCAGAUAGUUCAGAAACUACUGAUCUUUUGAGCAUGGUUUCAGAAGAAGAGACAUUGAAAACACUAUAUAGGAACAAUAAUCCACCAGCUUCUCAUCUUUGUGUCAAAACACCAAAAAAGGCCCCUUCAUCUCUAACAACCCCUGGAUCUACACUGAAGUUUGGAGCUAUAAGAAAAAUGCGGGAGGACCGUUGGGCUGUAAUUGCUAAAAUGGAUAGGAAAAAAAAACUAAAAGAAGCUGAAAAGUUAUUUGUUUAAUUUCAGAGAAUCAGUGUAGUUGAGGAGCCUAAUAACAUGAAACUUAUAAUUAUUGUUUUGUUCUUAUUUUAUCUGGAAGUUGAGACUUUUAAAACAUACUUGCAUGAAUGAUUUGUGUUUCUUUAUAUUUUUAGCCUAAAUGUUAACUACAUAUCGUCUGGAAACCUGUCAUUAUAUUCAGAUAAUUAGAUGAUUAUAUAUUGUUGUUACUUUUUCUUGUAUUCAUGAAAACUGUUUUUACUAAGUUUUCAAAUUUGUAAAGUUAGCCUUUGAAUGCUAGGAAUGCGUUAUUGAGGGUCAUUCUUUAUUCUUUACUAUUAAAAUAUUUUGGAUGCAAA